ACAAACACUCAUAUUCUGCUACAUACGUACUACUGUUGAGUCAUGGCUUCUCCUUCUACAUUCUUCACUCUCAUUCUCACUCUCUUCCUCCUCUCACUGCACGUUGACGCUAAAGAAUUGAUCAUUCCCGAAGACGGUUACACCGUCAGCACCGUAUUGGAGGGGCACAAGGCUCACAUCAACCCCUUCACCGUUCUCCAACGACCCGGUUCCUCAGAUCUCGUUCUUCUCGAUUCCGUGAACAGCACUUUCUACACAGUGCAGUUUCCAAUUUCCCAAGAAAGCGUUUUGAGUAGGUUUUCUGGAGAUGGGUCUGUGGGGUAUUGGGAUGGUGAUGUGGCUUUGGCUCGGUUCGCCAAACCCAAAAGCUUUGCCUUUGAUCUGAGAGGGAAUAUGUAUGUUGCUGACAAGUUUAACCAUGCUAUAAGGAAAAUCAGCUCCAGGGGUGUCACAACAAUUGCUGGAGGAGGGUUCUCAGAAAAGUCAAGCGGAAAGGAUGGACCUGCACUCAAUGCAUCGUUUUCAAAUGAUUUUGACCUGACUUUCAUUCCUGGUCUGUGUUCUUUAUUGGUGUCAGAUCAUAUGCAUCAAUUGGUCCGUCAGAUUAAUUUGAAGGAGGAGGAUUGUACCUUUGGUUCUAAAUCUGGGCUUGGUGCAGUUAUGACUUGGACUCUCGGAUUAGGACUUUCAUGUUUACUGGGCAUUGUAAUUGGGAUUCUGGUGCGCCCUUACAUCAUCCCUAAUAAAGGCUCCAACCGUUGCCAUUUCAUCGAGACAUGGAAGCAUUACCUAACCAAUCUGGGGAAGCUACUACUGACACUCUUCUUCGGCAGCAAAAGCGCAGUUGCUAACUUUAGUUGCUCUUAUGUUUGCACAAUCCUGAUGAAACUUUGGAGAUUGAGUCUCUCUCAUCUUCUUUUCAUGUUUAGAAUAAACAUAGUUUCUCCAAGGCCACAUCUGGAAUCUGUCUCUUUGCUAGAUUUAGAUGCCUGCAAUAGUGGUGAGAUAACAAAGUCAAGUAAGUAUUAUGACCAAUUGAAGGAUUUGAUGAGUUUUGAUGAAGAAUUUCUGGAUUCAAAUAAGGCAACCUUCAACCAAAGAAAUGAUAGUAGAGGAAGGAGUGUACCUAAAGAUGACAUUCUUUAUCAAGAAUCGUCUGUGUGUAAUUUGGGUAUUGUGAAGAGGAGAUGA